AUGUGGCUUUCCGCGGUGCUGGCGGCCGUGCUGCUGGCGGCCGUGCUCCGCCAAGUUUGCCUGUGGCUGUGCUCCGGGAGAUCCCCGAACCCCUUCUCCCAGGAUGUCAAGCGGCCGCCCGCGCCCCUGGUCACCGACAAGGAGACCAGGAAGAAGGUUCUCAAGCAAGCUUUCUCAGCCAGCCGAGUGCCAGAGAAGUUGGAUGUGGUGGUGAUCGGCAGUGGCAUCGGGGGACUGGCCUCCGCAGCUUUUCUGGCUAAAGCUGGCAAGCGAGUACUUGUGCUGGAACAACAUACCAAAGCUGGGGGCUGUUGUCAUACUUUUGGAAAAAAUGGCCUUGAAUUUGACACAGGAAUUCAUUAUAUUGGGCGUAUGCAGGAGGGCAGCACUGGCCGUUUUAUCUUGGACCAGAUCACCGAAGGGCAGCUGGACUGGGCUGCUCUGUCCUCGCCCUUUGACAUCAUGAUACUAGAAGGGCCUAAUGGCCGAAAGGAGUACCCCAUGUACAGUGGGACAAAAGCAUACAUUCGAGGCCUGAAGGAGAAGUUUCCCCAGGAAGAAGCUGUCAUUGACAAGUAUAUGAAUCUGGUUAAGGCAGUUUCUAAUGGAGCUGCUCAUGCCAUCAUCCUGAAGCUGCUCCCGUUGCCUGUGGCUCAGCUCCUCAGCAAGUGUGGGCUGCUGACUCGCUUCUCUCCAUUCCUCCGUGCCUCCACCCAGAGUCUGGCUGAGGUCCUGCGCCAGCUGGGGGCCUCCCCUGAGCUCCAGGCUGUGCUUAGCUACAUCUUCCCCACCUAUGGUGUGACCCCCAGCCGCACUACUUUUUCAAUGCAUGCUCUGCUGGUUAAUCACUACUUAAAAGGGGCCUUUUAUCCCCGAGGGGGUUCCAGUGAGAUCGCCUUCCACACCAUCCCUCUGAUUGAGCGGGCUGGGGGUGCUGUGCUCACCAGGGCUACUGUGCAGAGUGUGCUGUUGGACUCAGCCGGGAAAGCCUGUGGUGUGAGUGUGAAGAAGGGUCAUGAGCUGGUGAACAUCUAUUGCCCCGUUGUGAUCUCCAGCGCAGGACUGUUCAAUACCUACAAACACCUACUUCCAGAGAGUGCCCGCUGUCUGCCAGGUGUGAAGCAGCAGCUGGGGAUGGUGCGGCCUAGCAUGGGCAUGCUUUCCGUUUUCAUCUGUCUGAAAGGCACUAAGGAAGACUUGGGUCUGCAGUCCACCAACUAUUAUGUUUAUUUUGACACUGACAUGGACAAAGCGAUGGAAAACUACAUCUCUGUGCCCAGGGAAAAGGCUCCAGAACACAUCCCAUUUUUUUUCAUAGCUUUCCCAUCAGCUAAGGACCCAACUUGGGAGGACCGAUUCCCAGGCCGAUCCACAAUGAUCUUCCUGAUGCCCGCUGCCUUUGAGUGGUUUGAGGAGUGGCAGCAGGAGCCACAGGGAAAGCGAGGCAUUGACUACGAGACGGUCAAAAACUCCUUCGUUGAAGCCUCUAUGUCGCUGGCCAUGAAACUGUUUCCACAGCUGGAGGGGAAGGUGGAGAGUGUGACUGCAGGAUCCCCACUUACCAACCAGUUCUUCCUGGCUGCUCCACAAGGUGCGACCUAUGGUGCUGACCAUGACCUGAGUCGUCUACAUCCUCAUGUGAUGGCUUCUAUAAGGGCCCAAAGCCCCAUCCCCAACCUUUACCUGACAGGUCAGGAUAUCUUCACCAAUGGCCUGAUGGGGGCCCUGCAAGGGGCCUUGCUGUGCAGCAGCGCCAUCCUGAACCGGAACCUGUACUCAGACCUUAAGGCUCUUGGAGCAAGGGUUCAAGCACAGAAGAAGAAGAUGUAGUGUGGUCAGGGAAGAGUCAAAGGAAUUGCACCUCUCCAACUUAUUAUAUCCUUCUGUAUUAGUCCUUUGCGAACAUAAAACACACUCAUUUCUUAUUGCUGAGCAGAAGGUUAGCAUAAAUUACAGCUCUGCUGGAGCUCUCUGUA